UAGCCCACCGACGUUAGCUAGCUUCAAGCAGACGGGUCCAGUUGCUGGAAGGAAACUAGAAUGUUAUGACUUGUUUUGUGUUCAUGAUGAGAUGCAGGCAGCUACGAUGGACCCGGCAGAAGAGCCCCCUUCCAUGCUGUGGGGACUGGACCCGCUCUUCUCUGCAUUUGCUCGGUUAUAUGUCAAAGAUAUCCUACAGAUGACAGAGUCCAUCCAGGUACCAGGUAUUUACUUCUACAACCGGCAUCCAAUCUACAAAGUUGAUGUUCUUGGAACGGUGGUUUAUAAGAAGGAGAGGGAGGACUUCUUCUGUUACGGAGUGGACGACGGAACCGGAGUCAUAAACUGUCUGUGCUGGAAAAGUCAGCUCCUGAAGCCGGAAGAAGAUCCCAUUAAAGCUGGUGUAAAGCCCAGUGACGUGGGCCAAGGAGGCUUCAACCCAGUCGCUGAGCUAAAGAAACUCCGACAAGCCCAGCAGGAACGCCGCCGCCUGGAGCUCGGAGAGCUGCUCCGGGUACGAGGUCCAGUAAAGACAUCAAGGCAGCAGAGAGAAAUCAUGGCCUCCACCUACUAUAGAGUGGAUGAUCCGAUGAUGGCGGUGCAGAUAGAGUGGAUGAUGGAGGUUCCUCAGCUCUACAGAGAGUUCUAUGACAAACCGUUGCUUCUGAAGUCCGAAGGAGCUGCAGGAAUCUCGACAGAAACGCCGUUAAGCAAGGCAGCAAACAUCAUGAGGCGAUUCCUGGACCAGAAGUCUGUGACCAGGUUCAGAACUUAUGAUGUCCAGGAUCUCCUGGAGCCUCUGAUCUCCAACAAACCACCGUCUGCAGACGAGAAUUCCGUCGCCGGUCCGUCGGCCUGCCGGCAGCUUCAGCAGCUUCUUAAAGAGGUCCUGAAAACGCUGCAGGACGAGGGCCUGGUCUACCAGCGGGCCAAGUCCCAGGAUGAGGUCUACUAUGUGACUACGGGGGACAAAGAUCUCCUCGUAGCUGUCAAAGACAUCAUCAGAGAAGACUCCAAGAAGAAUAAGUACGCAGAGAAGGGCUGCCAUGUCCUGCACAUCCUGUCUGCUGUCAGGCAGCGCCACAGCCUGAACGUGAGCCGAGCGGCUCUGGAGCUCGUCCUAAAGGCGCUGGAGUGCAGCAGUGACAUCAUCAGCACCAGUGACAACAGCUACACGGCGUUUUAGCCCUCUCCCACCCCGACAUGCAUGAGCCGGAGCCCUCGGCUCUGUUUGUAUCAAACCUUCUUCUGAGAGGAUGGCUUUCAGAUAUGAGGGAACUUUUAAAUAAAUAAAACCAACAGAUGUUUGGAUCAGCUGGUUCUGAAGCCUCAAAGCUAAAAGAAACUCUCCUGGGUCUUUAUUAAGCCCCACCUUGCUGGUUUUAUCUGCCAUAUGUGCAGCUUGUCCUUUAAAAUGUAAAUUUUAUUUUCAUUUUUGAGAAAAUAACAAAGGUGCCAAAAGGUAGUGAUCCCCCCCCCCCCC